AGUUGAGGUUAAGGGAAGCAUUCGGACAGCGGCCAAUGCGUAGGGUAAACAAACCAUUGUUAUUGUUGCUUCAGAAUUAAGUUAUAUUUGAACCAUUUUAUGUUGUGAGUAUCGUAACUGGCACAACAUUACCGCAGGUCUUCACACACUACAAGGCAACAUUGCUUCCAGUGUCUGCUUGACCUCCAAAGAUGAGCAUAAACGACACUCCAGCCUUGUUGAUGAUGCAGGAUAACAGCAAGCCAGAAGAAUGUACAAUCUGUUUUGGCACUUAUGAUGAAAUUCUGCUCAGGCCACGCUCAUUGCCUUGUGGUCAUGCGUUUUGCUCUCAGUGCAUUGAACGGGCUAUCAAGAAUGGUCAGGUUGCAUGCCCCAGCUGUCGUGCUGAACACAUUGCUACAACUGCUACUCAGUUUCCAAUCAAUUAUGGUAUGGAGGCCUUUGUUAGGAAACUCGCUUCAGUUGGAACUGUGUCGGCAAAACGUAGUCAAGACCCUCCAAUAGGCAUCGGCAAGAAGUUACGCUCCUUAGUGCAGGAGCAAAAGAGCAACAUCAGCAGCCUCAUUACCAGCUGUGAAGACACUCUGUGCCAGCUGGGUGAAUAUCGGGGACAGCUGAGAGACCGAAAGACUCGCCAUCACCAACUCCAAGAUAAACUCGAUGGUCUGGUAGAACAGAAUAAAACUACAAUUGAACUCUUGGAACAAGAAGACACCAGUGUAGUUGAUAUGACGGCAAAAGGAGAGGACGGGAAAAAGCGGCUCCAGGUUAUGUUGGGGAACCUGGAAAAAGUCUACACUGCACACGAGGUUGACACAAUCGCAGACAGAGCUGAUCAGUGCCAUGUAGAGGUAAAAGAAUGGCUCCACGAAUGCCAGGACAUCUUCCCAGAUUUCAACGCACUUCACACUUCAGUAAAGGUGCAGGAGACCAUCAGGGAGGCCCAGGAGAUAAUAACCCCAGAAGCAGGUGCCGCAACUCUGCUUGUCCACCCGAGAGACUCGGCCACCAACAUCAUGGAGAAAGUUUGGGACAUAACUCGUGGAGUUCCUCUUGAGGAAAUAACUAUUGAACAUCUUCGCAGAAUGAGUGAGCCGGUCAAGAGACUGGUGGUGGCUGGCCAGGUGGUGGCUGUGGAGCAAAAGCAAGAUGGCUGCCACUUUUCCAAGAUUACUUUACAAGAUGGAGAGCUGUUCCUCCACCCACUUCUGCGUCAGGCCUUGCCCAUUCAUGCUCGCUCGAUCCAGCACAGUGAUAUUGUGAACAUACUGGACUACUCUUCCACCAUGGCAUUCCUUGAUCUGGCAUGGGCUGGGUCAACAAAAGGCCGGGUCGCCAUCUGGUUGACCCCAGACACUGGGCUAGCCAGACAGUUUGUGUUAUUGUGCAUGGGCCUACAAGGCCCCACUUACACAAACACUAAAUUCUUUGAGGUAGAGGACAAGGAUCAGCCAGGGGAGUGCAUGGUGGGAGGGGACUAUGAAACUAAUGAUGGUGAGGGAGGCACAUCAUUGCUGCCUGACCUGGGUGGGGAGUACAGGAGGUCGAGCAGGGCAGGAGCUGUGGGGUCUUGGUGGGGACCCGAGGACCACCGGAGUGCCCAGUUCUACAUCCUCACCCGGGACCUCCCGGAGGGCCAAUGGUGUUCACGUGUCUUCGGUGAGGUGGCAAGUGGUCUGGAUGUGCUAAGGGCAGCAACCAGUCACGGUAACAUUACGGAGGUAACUGUGGUGGACUGUGGUAUUGUACUACCACUCUAGGUUGCCAUCAUGUACAGUUGCCAUCAUUCUUGUGACACCUGUGUGUGUCCCUAUCUGUCUGGUGGUAGAUUGUGCUAUACUUCUACCACUUAACAUCCCUAUAUCAUCACUCCUGCAUCACUAGCAUUAUGCUACUGUUGUAAUUCAUUAUAUUUUCAGCCACCACCAUCACAAGAGUUGCAAAUCUCUCUUGAGGUGUACUACAAACUAGUAUGACGGUAUUGCCUCUUGUCUUCCCAGUCUUCAUAUCACCAUAAUUCUUGUGUACAUUCUUGUGUUCAUUCUACCAACAUGUAUAAUCAUUACUUCUUUGUCAAAAUCCUAAGGUAGGCUGUAUUGUUGUCCUGCCACUCUAGGUAACUGUAUCUUCAUCAGUCAUCAUCACACCCAUUGGAGUGUUUACCUGUCACCUCUCCUGCAUCAUCAUCACUGCUGUUUUAACACUUUAUUGGCAGACUAUAGGGUUAUGCUUCCACCAGUCUUACAGCCCUCCACUCCAAUGACACCAGCAUUCAUUAUAAUGUGUGCACACCUCCAUUACUAUUCUCUUGCCGAAAUGAUCACUUGGAAUCGUACAAUCAUCACCCAUAUCACCAUACACCUUCAUAACUAUUGCUACUACAUCUCUAUUUCCUCAUUCUCUCCCAGGCCCUGUGUUUGAGAUCAUUUAUUGACUACCGAGUAGCAACUGAGUAGCAAACUAUUAGUUUCCUUUAACAUCUGUGGCCAAGUUGUUCUUGUCAAGAUUUUGCACCAAUAUAAAUAUAUAUGUAAUUGUAA